AACGAAGCGCUCCCGCUCGACAUCGUGGACAAAAUCAUAAGAAUUUCAAAAUUACAAAAUUUUUCUCAAACGAGAUUCAAUAAUGUUGCAGAAUUUUCCCAAAAUUGAGAGAAUUUGCAGAGAAAACAAAUGAAAUUUGAAUUCAAGGAAUAAUUCUUAAAUCGAUAGCAGAAAAUUUCCCCAAUCUUUAGUGCUCGUUUAGGUUUCUGAUCAUAUUAUCGAUUAAAGGAGGUUUUGAAUCAGUUACAAUAUGGUAUCGGGCUGCUUUCUAGAAUAACAGACGGAGCUCCAUCAUCGUCUUCUUCAUGGCUAGUCAAGAACCGAGAAAAGGUCAUCACCUAUCUCGUGUCCUAAAGAAAAUCUUGGAAAGUAAAUCUCACGCAGAACAUAAAACACUUUGGUCUUCUGCUUCUGCACAAGAUUUAAGAUUAUUUGAGAUGGAAAAAGAGAAAGAAGAUGUAACUUCUCCUAGAGGAGUUUUGGAAGCAUGUGUAAGAAGCUUUGAAGACCCUUCAAAUUCAAAUGCAAAUUCAUCUGAAGAAAACCAAAUAAAUGAAAGCGAAUCACCCCCACGUUCAAGGUGGUUAAAAUUCUUCAAUAAGUGGAAAAAAGGAUUUUCUAAAAAAGUUCCAGCUUUACCCCCCACUACACCAAAAACUUCUAGAAGAAAAUCCAUGAGUGUUAGAGAGAAUCAUCCAGAUGUUAAUUUAUGCCAUUUCAAAUCUUCAUGGAAAGUUCUAUCCAUUGCAGAACUUAAUGCUGCAACCAACAAUUUUAGCGAAGAGAAUGUGAUUGGAAAAGGUGGUUAUGCGGAUGUUUACAAGGGUUGUUUAUGUGAUGGGAAGCUAGUGGCAAUCAAACGACUCAACAAAGGAACAAUGGAAGAGCAAAUAAUAGGAUUUUUAUCCGAAAUUGGAACCAUAGCACAUGUUGAUCAUCCAAACACUGCUAAAUUGAUUGGAUAUGGAAUUGAAGGUGGAACACAUCUUGUUAUGGAGUUAUCUCCUCAUGGAAGCUUAGGAUCAUUGUUGCGUAGUGGUCCAAAGGAGAAACUAGAUUGGAAUGCAAGAGAUAUCAAGGCUGAUAACAUUCUUCUUACAGAAAAUUUUGAGCCACAGAUAUGUGAUUUUGGUCUUGCAACAUGGCUUCCAAAAGAAUGGACUCACCAUAAUGUAUCAAAGUUUGAAGGAACAUUUGGUUAUUUUGCACCCGAGUAUUUCAUGCAUGGCAUAGUGGAUGAAAAAAUCGAUGUGUUUUCUUUUGGGGUGUUAGUUUUGGAGAUUAUAACAGGACGACAAGCUUUAGAUGAUUCACAAAGAAGUCUUGUACUUUGGGCAAAACCUUUGAUGGAAAAUAAUGUAAUUAGAGAAUUAGUUGAUCCGUGUCUUGGUGAUGAUUACAACCCACAAGAAUUGGAGCGUGCAAUUAUAGCAGCUUCGUUGUGUAUUGAAUUAACUCCGGUUCUUCGCCCUCGUAUGAGUCAGGUUGUGAUGCUAUUGAGAAACGAUUACAAUCCCAAGGGUUCAACACCACAACAGAAAAAACGAGCAUUUCAAAGAACAUAUUCAGAAGAGCACAUGGAUGCUCAAGAGUACAAUGUAACAAAGCAUCUUAACAAUAUGCCUCGAAUCUGAAGAAAAAAAUAUAUUCAUUUUAAGAGGUUUACCAAAGAAAAACAUAUAAUCCUUAGGGACUUUAGUUGUACAUACGGAUUCUUGUUAUUAUUUUUUUUUAACUUAAGUCUAGCAUCUUGGGC